AUGAGGAACCCACGACGUAAGAUAAGGAGAGCACAACCGUUCGAUGAAAUGGAAAAGGGACCAUAUUACGACUCUGAUUUUGAAGAAAGUGAAUUAGAGUCGGAAUCGGAGAGUGAAUCAGAAAGGGCAUUUGUUGUCGAUGAAGAAUUGGGUGACUAUGAUGCAAAUGAACACACCACUUUUCCACAGUUGAAGGUACCUUUUGAUGCCUUUCUUUAUGAUUUCUGCAAUGUUCCUGUUUACAAUAAGAGGGAAAAUGUUGAUGAUGAAGUCAUUAGAGAAGAAGGUCAUUCUGAUAAUGAAAUUGAAGAUGACGAGGAUGAGGUUGAUCAAAAACCAACCAAAUAUAGUGUUCAUGACCCUUCUGUUCACUGGAAGAAAAUGAAACCACAUUUAGGUGAAAAGUUGUGGAGUGUUGUAGCUAGUGACACAAAUGUAUUUGAAGUGAGACUAGGAUUUGAGUUUUUUCAGGUGGACUUAGGAGAACAAUUCUGCACUUGUAGAUUAUGGGAAAUAUCUGGGAUUCCAUGUAUCCAUGCAUGUGCAGCUAUGAACCACACACAACAACAACCUGAAACACUGAUCAGCUCAUGGUUUUCCAAAGAAAAGUUUGCAGAGACUUACAAAGGCAAUAUCAGGCCUCUAAAUGGUAGUAAAAUGUGGGCCAGGACACCAUAUGCCAAGCCACUGCCACCACCUGCAAGGAGGAUGCCAGGAAGACCUAAAACCAGAAGAAGGAAACAUGUCACAGAGAAGGAUGGAGAGUACAGGAAGAUAAAGUUUGUUGGAGGUACAAAGAUAUGUCAGAACUGUUGGGAGGAAGGGCAUAACAAAAGAACCUGCAAGAAUCCAACUAAGCCCCAACCUCCAAAGGAAAAGAAAAGAAAGGGUAGGCCAAUGACUAGGGAUGUGGCAAUGAAAAAAACAACAGCAUCCACAAGUCAAAAGAGUCAAAAUAGUCAACACACUCAGGAAAUGGAUGGGCAAAUGGAUGGACAGGCAAGGUGUAACAGUCAAAAAAAGGGUAAAGCAAAGGCAUCUCAAUCUAUUAAAGGGAUACAUGAAGGUAGUAGCAAGUAUUUUGAAGAUGAAGGGCUGCAAGAUGUUAUGUUGGUACAGGAUUUAAAGGAGGAUGCACAUGCUACAGAGUUGCUUGCAUCAGGAUACUCAGAGGAUGAGGUGUAUCAUGUACUAUAUGAACAAGAUUUAGAUGUUGAAGUUUUGGCUGAAGUUCCACCUAUUCUUGAAACUGUCCACAAAGAAGUUCCACAUGUUGAAGUUUUGGCUGAAGUUGACAUUGUACCAGAAACAGAGGAUGAAGGCAUUGCUGAGACACCACCAUCCCAAAGGUUGAUGAGAACAAGGAGGCCUUCAGAGAGAAUUACUAAAAUUCAGACUGGAAUGAAGGCUGUUGGAAAGAAGGUUGUUGGACCAGGUCGAAGUAGGUUGGACCCUGUUUCUUUGGAGUAG